GGGACGCAUGGGGCUGCUCGCGGACGCGUCGCUGCUGCCGAUGGGGCUCUUGAGCCUCUACUUCAUCCAGGCCUUUAGCCUCAGCUUCCCGAUGACGGCGUACAUCUCGUGGGUCUCGGACACGAUCCACAUGUCGCCGGCGACCACGAGCUUUUACUACGCGCUGACCUUUUUCCCGUGGAACCUCAAACCGCUCUACGCGCUUCUCUCGGACAACGUGCCGCUCUUUGGCUACCACCGCAAGUCGUACAUUGUGAUCUGCGAAGUCAUCUCGUGCGUCUGCAUCCUCCUCACCGGUCUCUGCGUGCGCAGCGUCACGGGCGCGUUCCUCGUCAAGUUUCUCGACUCGGCCUGCGAGGCCUUUACGCAAAUGAUGCUGGGCAUCGUCCUCGUCGACGUCGCGUCCGGCGACCGCGAGAAGAGCAGCAACGUGCAGUCGUGGGCCAAUGCGGCCAAGAACGGCGCGUCGAUCGUCGCGCUUCUCGCGGGUAUUCCCGUCUACGCGAUCAAGGACCUCCCAGCCACCACGGUCAUUACGUGGUCGUCCUUGAUCCCGCUGCUUGGCGUUCUCAUUGCGAUCUACCUAUUGCACGAAAACAAGUCGGCCACGCUCGUCGCUACGCCGACGCACCACCCGUCGUCGCUGACGGAAUUACUCUCGAUCAAGUGGCUCGCGCUGAGAACGACCGUCGCCCGCAUGCUCCACGAGCAAGCUGCGUACAUUCCAGUCAUGGUCUUCUUCUUCCUCUGCUCGGCGCUACCGAGUGGCGGCACCGUCUGGUACCAGUACACGUACUUUCUACUGAAGAACGAGCUGCAGUGCCUUCAGUACUCGUCGCUGGCCGGCAUGGUGGGCCGCGUCGUCUCGUGUGCGAUCUACGCACGCUGCACGCGCGGCGUCGGCAUCCGCACGGUGUUUGGUGUCUCGACCGUGCUCAUGACGCUCGCGAGCCUGCCGCAGCUGCUGCUGGCGCCGCCUAUCGACGUGGCGAGUCUGCCCGUGGAUGUCUGCACGUUCUGCGCGAUCGAGUCGUUCGUGACGGCGUUUGCCGGCGAGUUUGCGCUCCUCCAGCUCCUCGUGGUGGCAACGACCUUUUGCCCGCGCAAGAAGGAGCUCCACGGACUCACGUACGCGCUGUACCUCUCGUUCAUGGACUUUGGCGGCGUCGUCAGCGCCUUCUUCUCGGCGCUCUUGGUGUCGGCCCUCGGCAUCACCCAGGAUCCGGUGACGUACGCGAUUGACUAUAGCAACCUCUGGCUCUUGCUCGUGCUUGGCGCGAUCUUCCAAGUUGCCAUCCUCGCCUUCUUGUGUCUCCUUCCGCGCCAGCUGGAAGACGCGAAUAGUGGCGACGAGCCGGAAGCCCAAGCUCUCUUGGCGCCGUCCGAGGCGUAGAAAUGCGAUGGACCUAUACUAGAAGAGUGUCUCGAAUAUUAUUGUGUGCAGAGACAUCCACG